GUUUACGUGUUUUAAUUUCUUGAAUUCUUAGAAAUGUGUUUGAAAUGGAUAAAACUUAUCAUAUUCGAAAUAGACUGAAUUUCGUAGAGAGUGAAAAGUGAUAUGUUUGUGCUGUUGAAUUGUUGUUGUAACAUUGGGUGUUGUGAUUUUUAUGAUUGAUGUAACGAACCAGUGUACGGCAAGAUGGACGAAUUGUCUAAGGGCAUGACACAAACAGGAAGCGCCGCUUCAACUGACAAAAUUCAAGAAAAUGAUGGUUCGUCAACGUCUGUAGUAUACGUCAGUGAACCGUGCUGGGAGUGCGAGCGCGUGCGUGCGGCAUGCGAGCGACUGGGCACCGUCGCGGCGGCGCCGGCGCCGGACUUGCUGCCGCCGCCACCACAACCACCGGCGUCACCCUCAUACCUCGUCACGACUCCAUUUGAAGGAGAACUCUUCGACGCAGCACACAAAGCCAAGUACAGGGUGUUGGGGCCUACAGCAGUACUACAGCUGGCGGAGCGCGAUGAACCGCCGCCGGCGAACACACGGCCGCUAUAUUCUCUCGCCAUGCGAGGCGCCGUCAUUUGUUUUUCCGGUUUCAGGAAAAAAGAUGAACUUACGUACCUGAUAACUUUGAUACACUACAUGGGUGGAUCGAUCCGCAAAGACAUGUCGAGUAAAGUGACGCACCUUAUUGCGGCGGCGGCGACUGGUGACAAGUACCGAUACGCGUCGGGCUUUGGUCUGCCCGUGCUGGCCCGCUCGUGGGUCGACGCGUGCUGGGAUCGACGAGAUGACCCCAGCUGUCUCGCUACAGAUGAUACUAUUAUUAAACAGCACAAGUUAAAAGUGUUCGCUGGUGCGAGGGUGUGCUUCGUCGGCUUCCCUGAGGACGAAACGCAGCACAUGGCUGACGUCCUAGUCAACAAUGGAGGGGGCACUUGUCCACUCGAUGACCCAGACUGCACACACGUGGUAAUGGCCAAUGGGGAGACUUUCGGUCGUUCGCUUAUCCUAUCACCUCACCCUAGUACACCCAGUUCCGCAAAACCGAUCCGGGUUACUCCCAAUCGCUCCCAGUCAACUCCCAAGAGUUCUAUCUACCGUAGACUGUCUGCAAGGCUCUCGGGCCGCCGCUCAAGCUCAAAUAAAGAUAAUGUUGAUGCUAACGACGAUCAGGUCCGCGACGAAAGAGAGCGGCGACUUCAAGUUGCCAGAACCAAAGUCAGAAAUAAGCAUACUUCGUCCAAAGACCAAACAGAUAACUUCAGUAUUAGUAUUUUAGAAAAUUCGCUCGCGGAAGACAUGAGUCCCACCGAUGACAAACAUAAAAGUAGCUCUCACGUUGAGCAUGUGGAGAUACAAAGUUAUAAAUGUGACAAAGAAAAUAAAAAUGUCUCUCAAAUCUUACAAAGUGCUAUGAAAAUGAAUGUCAAAGAUAAAAGAGAAGUAUUUAGAAAUAAAUCUAUGAAUGUUUUUAAUAUAGUUGAUUGCCUCACUGAGGCAGGUUCUUUACGUUCGUCAUUGACGAAAAGUUUAUGUGACCUGGACUCGAAGGACGAGCCAGGCUUUCUAAUGCCCACUUCUACGGGCAGUAAGGAGUUGCAACAAUCGACGACUACUAUUUCCUCUGGGAAGAAAAGGAGUCGUAAUUCGAUGGACUCUAAUUUUCAAAUCAACUCGCUCGAUUCUAAUUUAUCUCCGGAUAAAGGCGAAGAUAGCCACUGGAAAUCCAUUAAACGGUUGAAAAUAAAAGAUUCUUUCAAGUUUAAGAAUAGACCUACAAUUUUUAAGCGAACCAAAAAAGAUUCUGUGUCCAAAAGCACAGGGGCUAUUAUAGUAGAACCAAUGAGUCCAGAUAGGGUCAAGCCCACUGACCCUGCGGGUGAAUUCAUUGCAUCCACUUCUUCCCCUAUCAGAGACGACGACAACACAUCGAUUUGCUCAAUGAACACAAGUAAACAAUCGGGCUUUUUCGAUAUAUCUUUUGCGUCUAUACGCAGCUCAAAAACUGUGAAGUCUGCAUCGAAACUCCGUAGGAGCGUCAAGUCUUUCACUGCUUCCUUUAGAAGCGAAAGAAAGAAGAAAUAUGAGAAAAGAUCCGACAGAAACACCGUACAGGUGGACGCAUGUCAUCUACCACCAGAACUAAAGAAUGUUUCUACACCUAAGCGAGAGCUGGACGAAAUGAAUUUAGAUAUUUCACCUGUUCAAGUAGACACCGUGGACAGUACAGGCCUCGCCACUCCCUUGAGAAACACAGUCGAGAUGGACGAGUUAGAUGAUUCUGUAGUGUUUAAGACACCUCAAAGUGUGUGGCUUCGUAGUCAUCGGCAUUCGAUUUGCGGUGGCGCCGAGAUGCGCGGCAGUAUGCUUUCCGGCCCGUCCCCUGUCCCAUCCCCCAGCAUUUGCCGGCGCCGUGAGCCGCCGCCGCCCGCCUCGCCGCCCCCCACCCGCGACGUCCGCGCCAUAUCGCAAUGCCAUGGAAUAUCGCUGCCGGUGGUUGACGAGCACAAUACAGUGGUGGCCCCCGAAUGCUCAUCGCGGGUGCACAUUGUCAAAGCUGAAUGGUUUUGGGCCUCUGUACAGAAUGAAGAAGCCCAGGAUGAGAGAGAUUAUCUAUUCAAAGACUAUUUGGAUGAAAUGUCACGGCGAUCGUCAGUGGGAGGCGCGACAGCGGCGACGGGAGCGCCUGAAGAGAGCGUAUCAAAUGCCGGGCCCGUGGCGAGCACGGCCGGCAGCACGCCCGCGCAGCUGCAACGCCUGCGCAAGCGGAAGUUGCGUGGCGGCGAUUCCGCCCUGCACAAGCGUCGUUCCUCUGUCGGAGACGCUGUGUUGCUUAGCCUCUCCGGAAACCUGCUCGACUGCACACCUUCGCCUGAUGGCAAGCAGCUACUUGAAGAAACAGAAGUUCCCGACAAUGUGGUACGGAAGCUUAUGUCUCCUCGACAACAAGUCUUUAUGGAAUUACUUCAGACCGAGUCGAAUUAUGUUGGCAUUUUACACACGAUAGUUACUAUGUUCAAACAACCCCUAGAAGAAAUGGCCGAGGAGGACAGUAGUAAUGGCAAAAAUCAAGCUCUGCUCAAUAACACUGAACUUAAAAUUAUAUUUGGAAACUUACCGCCUAUUUAUGAAUUACACCAGCGAAUGUUGGAAGACCUUCGAUACACACAAACGCACUGGAAUGAGGAACUAAGCAUCGGGCGGCUAGUGCUCAAGUACACACCUGAUAUGGUAAAGGCAUACCCACCGUUUGUCAACUUCUUCGAAAACACUAAAGAAAUGCUGCAACAGUGCGAUCGUGAGAAUCCCAGAUUUCAUGCAUUCCUGAAAAUCUGCCAGACCAAGCCUGAGUGCGGGAGGCAAAGUUUACAGGAACUGUUAAUAAGACCAGUGCAGCGAUUACCUAGUAUCAGUUUAUUACUCGAUGAUAUUUUAAAACAUACCCACAAAAACAACCCUGAUCACGGUGCGCUAGUGUCAGCAUUAGCAGGACUGCGGGAAGUGAUGUCGCAUAUCAAUGAAGACAAGCGGAAGACCGAGGGCCAGUUGCAGAUGUUUGACAUCUACAACGAUAUUGACCAGUGUCCGGCUCACCUAGUAUCAUCACACCGAUCGUUCGUAUCGCGCUGUGAAGUAGUGGAAUUGUCCAAAGAGCUCUCCGGCAGAGGAGACCACCUAGUACUGUUCCUAUUUACAGAUACCAUGGAAGUUUGCAAGAAACGAUCCAAAGGUUUCAACAGUAAAAGCCCGACGAACGGAACUGGCACGAUGAGGUUAGGAUCGAGCAAACCGUAUCGGCACAUUUCACUUAUGCCGCUCAGCACCGUUAAGCGUGUCGUGGAUAUUAGGGAAGCUGAAGAUUGUCACAAUGUAUUCGCGCUAAUGUGCCGGAGCAAUCAAGAGCUAAAAGAGAAGCUAUACUCGUUUAUGAUUACCGACGAGACCGUAGACAAGUCGCACUUUCUCCGUCAACUCUGUCGGCAGAUGGCCAACACUGUCUGCAAAGCUGACGCAGACAAAUUCCUUGCGUGCUUAGAAUCGCAUCAGCUCGACAUCGACACAAGUGACUUAGCGCUGAGCACGCUCUCCAAAGUUUCCAAAUUCGCAGCUCGCACCAGAAUCAAGCUGGAGGCGCUGGCCGGGCUGAGUGGCUGGCUGCGCGCCGACUCCGCCACCGGGCUGCUAGACACAUGGGUAUUGCGCGCUCACUUACUCGCACAGGUCGGUCGGGCGCUAUCGUUCAAUAAGACACCGUCAAAGCUGAAGCGUGCCAUGUCCUCCAUGAUUUCACCGUUCGGAUCGCAGUCGAACCUAACGCCUGCUUCACAACUCGCGCAGAUGCGCCUUGCCUCAUGCAACAAUAUCAACGAGAUGGGCACUAGCGGCGGCGGCGGGGCAGAAGGAGGCGGUGGCGAAGUGCAGCUAGUGGCGCCGUUGUCGGUGCAGCCAACGCGCAAGGCGACCGCGGGUGCGGCGGCCGCGCUACGCCGCUUCUGACGCUCUACCUCGCGCCGCGCCUGACGCACGCACAAUCCCUAGUCAUACCGGCAACGACACCCGAGGGCUGCGUUGCCACGCGCCCCUAAUACGCUCCAGUCAGCCAAAGUUUUUAAGCGCCUCCGACGAAAAGACAUUUUUAAAGUUUCGACAGUGACAUAUCAAAGUCUCGAACGUUGUGAUAUGAUGGGACUAAAGAACUAAUUGUUACGUUUUAGUCUUUUAUAUGGAUCAUAUAUCCAUUGACUUUCGCUAAAUUUUAAAUAAUCCAGUGCUAAUCAAAAUGUGGAAGGGGGAUGUGGCAAUUGAUCAUAAUUUAUUCUUUUAAAAAAUGAAAAGGGCGAAGCCUAUUAAAAUUGUGUGCUUUGGAGUGCCUUCGAUAUAAAAGGAACGAAUUGUGAGCAGGUUUCGGAACGAAAUAGUAUUAUUACGUGGUUGCUAAAGCUAAGUUGAAAUCGAAUACUAGUUUAAAGAUGAAAACAAAGAUAUUCAAUCAAUACUGAAAUUACGAAAAUGUUUAGUACUAUGAUUCAACAAGAAAUGUAAAUAAAGUCCUGGUUAAUCAUGAUCACAAAUCCACUGUAGAGACAUCAUACUACAUUAUUUAUCGAACUAUUGUAUAGUUGUAUUACUGGAGUCCCAGUGAAAAAUACCCUCUUAAGCAGCUGGUAUCUAUUUGAAAAUAAAGUUUCAGAUAAUUCUGUAUGUCACGCGCCAAUAAUAUUGAUAUUAAUUAUUUUAGUCGUGAAAAUAAUCUGUACAUAUUGUGAUAUUUUAAUUUAAUCGUGAGAUAGGCAUUGUAGGUUAAAGUAGUGAUGUAUCGACAUUAUCCGUCUGCAGUUGAUUCGAGCGUUCCUAAUGCCUUGACGUUUGUUAUGAAUGGUUAGUUAACUGAAUGCCUAAUUGUCAAUUAAGGUGACUGUUGCCGUACAACGUUGUUGUUGGAGUAGCGUGUUUUUCAGUUCGAGCCCUCCGCCUCUUAUGUAUACAAGGCUGUUUGCGGAGGCUGGAACACGACGCGUUAAUUUCAUUGUUCUAAUCUAAAUUAAGGCGAGUCUCACUAAAGGCUAUUAUUUCAGCGAACAUCAGUGUACCGCAUGUCAAGUGCAUUGUACAAAGAUAUAUUUAUAAAUAUUUUUAAAUGA